CUUUCUUAGGGGCUGCAGGGACAUGCCAGCCCCUUCCAGGAGCAGCAGUUACCAUAGGAAUAAAUACUUCAGCCAUGACAGAUUAGGCAUUUGAGAACUCACUACUCAAAGAAUUAAAUUUAAACAUGAGAGAAAUCAAAAUUAUAAAAUGCACAGAUCAGUCAAAAACCAAAUAUAAACACGUUUUGCAAGUAGUAAAAGUAGUAACAACAACAGUAUGUGUUUGGUCAGGAGUUGAGGUUGAAGGACAACUGGUGUUUGUGAGAAUGACUGAGACACACACAAUGUGUGAAAGUGACAGAUUUACAUUGCCAAGCUCCCUCCAUCCCCUUUUCCCUAUGUUGGAACAGGGUACAAUAGUGGGGGGAGGAGGGACACCCUGACAGCACACACACCCUUCUCCCUCUCACACCCUGCACAGCAAGCAGGAGCUCCUAGGGGUGCAGUUCCAAGGCAAAAGCAGCAUGACAGCAGGUGGAGGGGCAGCUGAAGUACCAGCGCUUGAUAGCUUCUUGGCUAAACCAGUGAAGAUCACCUGUCAGAGGCUUCAAGAUCUGCUGGUAGAUCCUGAUCUACUAGUUGGAGAACACUGUCGUAUGGCAUACUAAUACGAUCUAAUAUCAGUCAUCAGCUGAAGGUGAUUUGAAACUUCCUAAGCUCAAAGCCACAUCAGAAGAGAUGAAGCUUUUCAUAUAUGGUGCUUACUAUCUACAUUAUAGUUUAUCAGGGGAAAAAACCUUCCUAACAUUUCCUCAGAAUGAAGAUUUUGAAACUGUUUAAUUUUGUACUUGCAAAUUGUUUAAUAAUGGUCAUUGGCAACUCGACACUACAGAGUUGUUUUCAAGAGCAGCUCAGACUCAAGGCUCAGGUGAGACUUCUGGAGUAUCGUGUGAAACAGCAGCAGGUAAAAAUUGUGCAGCUCUUACAGGAAAAGGAGAUUCAAUACAGUGACCAGGAAGAUGAAAACAGUUUUAUUGAUCUAGGAGAAAAAAGACAAUAUGCAGAUUGUGCAGAGAUCUACAACGAUGGAUAUAAACGCAGUGGAUUUUACAAGCUGAAAUCUUUCCAGAGCCCUAGUGAGUUCCUCGCCUACUGCGACAUGUCAGAUGGGGGAGGCUGGACUGUUUUUCAGAGACGUUCUGAUGGCAGCCAGAAAUUUGAUAGAGUCUGGACUGACUAUGAACAAGGUUUUGGGAAUUUUGCUUCGGCAGAUGGUGAAUACUGGCUUGGAAAUAAAAAUCUUCACUAUCUCACAAAUCAAGGUAACUAUACCCUAAGAAUUGAUCUCUCUGAUUUUGAAGGAGAACGGCGCUUUGCCCAAUAUAAAAGCUUCAGAGUUGCAGAUGAAGAGAGUUCAUACCAGCUAAGCUGUGGUGAAUACUCUGGCACUGCUGGUGACUCCCUUACUGGAGGUUUUCAUCCUGAAGUGAAAUGGUGGGCUGAUCUCCGAGGAAUGAAAUUUAGUACACGAGACAGAGACAAUGACAACUAUGAAGGGAACUGUGCUGAGGAGGACACAUCUGGUUGGUGGUUUAACAGGUGUCACUCUUCCAACCUGAAUGGUGUGUACUACAAAGGACCUUAUACAGCUAAGACAGACAAUGGAAUUGUUUGGUACACAUGGCAUGGGUGGUGGUAUUCUCUGAAAUCUGUUGUCAUGAAGGUCAGACCGGCAGAUUUUGAACCUAAUGUUGUUUAAGUAUCUAGUUAAUAUAAUUCAUCUAGUUAAUCUUUUAGCAAAUACAUGCAAAUUAAACCAGUGGGCAGGUUCUUUCCCUCCCAUCCUCAGCCCCAGAAACCUGUAUAAAUCUGGAAUAACUUCAUUAAAAUCAUUGGUGUUUCAUGGCUAUACGUGAAAAUAGAAUCUGGCUUUGAAUCGGGAGAUACAAAUAAUGUGCAUGGGAUUGCAGACUGGACAAAAUUCUCUCUGGGUUUAUGGCAACUUCCAUCUCUAAAAUACUUAGCAGUAGGUUCCUAGAAGUAUCAGGAACUUCCAGGUGCCAAAGUGGGUGGUAUUGGUCAGGAAGGAGGAGUGCAUUACUUUUGUAGCUUCUGAUGGUGAGGCUCCUUUGGAUUCCCUAGUGCCGUGGCCACCAACCAGUAGAUCGCGAUCUACCGGUAGAUCUCGGAGGCUCUAAGAGUAGCUCUUGAGCCCUCUCUGAACUUCCUCAUUUGAGGAGCAGCUACUCACCGAGCAACAGCACAGGUGAGUAGCUGCGAGAAAUGGUGCGAUUUUUUUUUUUUUUUAAGUAGCAGUAUAAGGAUUGCGGAUAGCAAGUGAUGGAGAGGAGGAGACUAGAGAGGGUGGGGCUUCAAGGAAGGGGCGGGGCGGUAGCUCUUGGCUUGGUCUGUCAUUUAAAAAGUGAUCUUGGGUGUAAAAAGGUUGGAGACCACUGCCCUGGUGGAAUUUAAAGCAGUUUACAGAGGCAGAACCUCUGAAGGAUAACAGUGGGAAUAUCACCUGCCCUCUCUUAGGACAAGAGAUUAGGUUGCACAAAGGUGCAAUUGGUACCUUCUGGGAACUAGGGGUACAGGAGCAGGUGCCAAAUUGGUCCACACUGUUUUGGAUUUUUUUUCAUUUGAAAACCAUUUCUAUCUAAAUAUUUAUAAAAAUAAAUUCAUUAUAUUGUCUUAAAAAGCAAUGCGACUAUGUAUUACACACAAAAAUAACAUUCCAAGAAUGUUAGGGGUGAUCAGUACACAAAAUGGACCAUGUCUGGGAAUGAAUCUUAGUUGUGAAGAGUGAAUGUGGUGUUUGUAGGAUACCUGUGUCAUUUGUUGCAGAGAUUGGAAGAUGUGUAGUGAAGGAGGCAGAACUCUGGAAGAAGAUUGUCUUGUGGCUAAGACACUUUGCUAGCCUAGAAAAUUCUACCAUAGAGUUCUUCUGUGAUGUUGGCAAGCUUUUUAAACCAAAUUUUUCACACAUGGCCAUUAAUAAAGUAUUCCUCAUUUUCUGAGUGCCUGAGUAGAGCAAUUAUAACCCAUACAUCUCUUAGGUGUAGUGUACUGUCCCAUCUAAUGGCACCGAGACUACUUACAGAAAGAGUAAUGAAUCUGCUCUACAGCCGAAGUUGUGAGCCAGCUGGCUUCUAGCUCAUGUGGUAGAGGCAUAUGCACUAAGCUCCAGAAGUCUCAGGUUCAGUUCUGCCUCUGUGUUACACUCUUACAACUGCAAUUGAAGCCAAUGGCAAUUGUGCUUUGAACAUACAGUGUGAGAUAUAACUCCAAGUACUCUGAAAGAUCACAUCCUAGUUGUUUCAAACUGAGUAGCCAAAAUUAGUGGACAAAGGGGAGCUGGAACCAUUUGUGUAAUGGGGGUGCUGAGAGCCAGUGAACCAAAUUAAAAAUCCUGAAUCCAUUUCAAUUCAGAGGUUACUGCUAUAUCCCCCAGCACAGCUAGUUUCAGCACCUAUGAGUGGGCAUGCUGUGUACUGAAUGGGGCAGAGGUUCAGUGGAAAAAAGUAUGUAUAAUCCUGUAAUUAAAGACUGUAUUAUAGUACAUAGGCACAAGGGAGCCAAAUUAAGGUUAUUUGGGCAAUUUUGGUUCUGGGAGUACCUAAUUUGAGUGUUUGUUUCAGCAAACUUAACAUUCUUUUAAUGUCAUUUUUGUGUGUGUAAUUUUGAAAAAGCUGAACACCUGCUGCUCCCAGCAUUUCCAUCAUGACACCCAGCAGGGUUGGAACCUUUAGAUCCACUGCACAGACACCUGCCACUUGAACUCAUGAAGUAAUCGAUAAUAGUAUCCAUUUGCCUUCUGUCUGAACUAGUGACUAGUGGGGAGAUGAAACACACCUUUUCCCAGAGGGUUUUGCAGAUAUGUGCAGACAGCAAAGGAAUAAUGGGACUUAGAAAUCUUGACUUUCAGUCUAAGUUCUGAAGUAUAGCAUGUUUCACAGGUAACACAGACUCUUGUGAGCCUUUCAACAAGACUGGCCUCUUCUGUCACUGUUCUAUUUAGCCUGUACCUUUUCCAGUCCUAGCUGUUCCCUUUCUUGCAGAUCCUUUCCUAACUAGUCCCAGUCUAGAUCUCCCCUGAGUCCUCACUCCACUUCCCACUGUCCUUGCCCAGUCAGAUCCAGACUCCCCCUUCCAAGACCCAGUCUUCUCCUGUCUCAGACUUGCUAUUCCAGUUUCCUUUCUCAAUCCGUCCCAUUGUUCACAUACUCCUCUCCCACAGGCUUCUCAUCCAAUCUCAACAUAGCACCCCUCUCCUUCCCCUGGAUUCCAAUUCUGCUAAUCUCAGUCCCCCUCACCAGGGUCCUUGUUCCAAUCUACUCUCUCAUACACUGACCCUCCCCCUCCCAAAUCUGGCUCUUGACCCUUCUGCAUUCAGGUGAGGAAGUUUCUUCCCCCAACUGUUUGGGGGCCUUAAGGGGAAAGCUCACAAGCCCAGUAGAGAAAGCUUUCCUGAUAACAGCCAGCCACAGCAGCCAGAAGAAGCAAAUUCAGGCAAAGUAUUACUCUGCCCCCGUAGCUAUGCAAUGGAGUAGGAAAGCAGAGAGAGUGAUUGGAUAAUUGAACUACAAAGCCUACUGGUCAUGUGUAAACAGACUUUUCAAAAGCUUAUCAUUUGGCCAGAUCUGGGUGGGGUUUUUUUUCUUUAAGAAAAAGCAAAAGAUACAUCCCGAACUUAUAUUUUUCAUGUUCCUGUUCCAAAGCAUUGCAGUACUAGAGCUUUUCAACUGAACAGCUGUAAGAAUUGUUUAAUCUCAUUGUAGGAAAUGGCUAAACUGUUUUUGAUUAAACUUGCCUCUCCUUUCUUUGUCUAAAAAAGAAAGAAGAAAGUUAGCCUCAGGCAGAUAUCCAGCAUGGAAAAAAAAUCAGCCCAAACAGUUCAAGUUUGGCAAAGCUAUAACCAUCAGACAACAAGAUCUUACAAUGGAA